AUGGCCAUCAUCGAUUCUGAACUCGAGCUCGCUGAGACGGAUGCCGUGCCCCAUUCUCCUGAUGGCCGCAAGGAAGAGCUAGGAUCGUCCAAUGAGAAAGAGAGGCCUUCAUCGUCAGGUACCAGCUCGACAGCUUCCAGCAGCUCUGUCGAUUAUAACCCGCAGUUUCACGCGCUUCAUUCGCAAAACACCGAAGUCGACCUGGAGCGUCAUCAGACAAGAACAUCUGAUGUAGUGAGCCGAAUUCAUACCCAACGGCUGCAACAUGCGCAUACUGUCGGUGAGAGUGUCAAGUCGCGGAGUUCCAAAGGCCCAUUGCCAGCCUUUGGCGGGGGCAAGCCAUACCCACCACCUUUGCCUAAUCGCGAAGAAUAUGUCGUCGAAUUCGAUGGGCCAGAUGAUCCGUUAUAUCCCCAGAAUUGGCCUUUGAAAAGAAAGAUUUACAUCAGCGCUAUGCUCGCCUUUACAAGUAUCUGCUCUACCUUCGACUCCGCCAUUUUUAGCGCUUCGACCAGCGGUGUUGCGAAAGUAUUCGGUGUCAGCGUGGAAGUGGCUACUCUCUCCAGUUCGCUUUAUAUCAUCGGCUACGCUUCCGGGCCCUUGAUCUGGGCCCCAUUGUCAGAACUCAAAGGUCGUCGCCUGCCGAUCGUCAUUGCCAUGUUAGGAUUUGGAAUAUUCAAUACCGCAGUCGCCGUCGCCAAGGAUCUCCAGACGCUCAUGAUAUGUCGCUUCUUCUCGGGUAUCUUUGGCAGUUCUCCCUUGGCCGUUGUGGCUGCUAUCUUCUCCGACAUGUACAACAACCGCACCCGCGGAGUCGCCAUCACCAUGUUCUCCAACACCGUGUUCUUGGGACCCCUCCUGGCGCCGUUUAUUGGUGGAUUUAUCAACGCGUCGUAUCUGGGCUGGCGCUGGACAGCCUGGGUCCCAGCAUUUAUGGGCUACGCCGCGUUCGUGAUGAACACAUUCUUCCUAAAGGAGUCCUACCCACCCGUCAUCUUGGUUGAAAAAGCCGCCGAACUACGCUGCCGCACCAAGAACUGGGGCAUCCACGCAAAGCAGGAAGAAAUCGAAGUCGAUCUCCGCGAGUUGGUCGUGAACAAUUUCUCCCGCCCCAUUCGCCUGCUCAUCAACGAGCCCUUAAUCCUCGCUGUGACCGUGUACAUGAGUUUCAUCUACGGUCUCCUCUACUGUUUCCUGACAGCAUACACGCUCGUCUUCCAGGGCGUCUACGGCAUGGCGCCCGGUGUCGCCGGACUACCCUUGUUCGGCAUGGUUGUCGGUCUCUGCUUCGCGGCCCUGUACAUGAUCAUCUCCAGCAAAGGAUACAAUGAAAAGCUCGAUAGAAACGGGGGCAUCCCUGUCCCCGAGUGGCGUCUCCCGCCGGUGAUUGUCGGGGGUGCUUUGUUCGCUGGUGGUCUCUUCUGGUUCGGAUGGACGGGCUUCACGAGCAGCAUCCACUGGAUCGUGCCUACGCUGAGUGGCCUCUUCACCGGCGCCGGACUGUUGAUCAUUUUCAUCCAGCUGUUCAACUAUCUAAUUGACACCUACCUUCUCUUUGCCGCAUCCGCAAUCGCAGCAAACACCUUCUGCCGAUCCUGCGUAGCAGCAGGCUUCCCCCUCUUCUCGCGCCAAAUGUUCAACAACAUGGGCAUCCAAUGGGCCGGUACAUUACUCGGUUGCAUUGCUGUAAUCCUCGUUCCCAUUCCUCUGAUUUUCUGGCUUUACGGCAAGCAAUUGAGGAUGAAGAGCAAGUUUGCGCCUAUCUAUGAGAAGCCUCAGACUCAGACGGAUGAGGCUGAGAAUUGA